AUGAGCGGGUCGCACUCCUGGGUGCCGAUCAACGCCAGCGUGAUGGACACGUUUCACCAGUACGCGAAACAGGCCGUCGCCGAGUUCGUCGGGACGGCCCUCUUCGGGUUUCUGGGUUCAACUGCCUGCUCGAGCCCGCUCGGAAACGGCCUGGCCCUCGCCGCGUGCACCUUCAUGACGCGCGGCAUCUCCGGCGGCCACCUCAACCCCUCGGUGUCCCUCGCGGCGGCCCUCACCAACAAAAUGUCCUGGUCGCUGGCGUGCAUCUACGCGACGAUGCAGGUCGCGGGCGCCGUCGCCGGGAGCCUCCUGGUCGCGCUCGCGACGCCCGGCGUGCGCAUCGGCGCCGGACCGGACCACGCCGGGCUCGCUGCGGGGUGUUACGUGCCAGCGCAUGAGGCGUCGAUGAUCAACGUCCUGGCCAGCGAGUGGAUACUGACGGGCGUGCUGGUCACGACCUGGUACGCCGUGCACCUCGGUCGCCCGGGCUUCUUCGAGGUCGGCCCGCUCGCCGUAGGGCUCGCCCUGUCCGCCGCCAUGCAGGGGGCCACAACGACGGGCGGCGCCGCCAACCCCGCCCGUCUCAUCGCCCCCGCGCUGGUCUUCAUGUGCCCCGGCCGCAAGUUCCUCUGGGCGUACAUCGCCGGCCAGCUCGCCGCGUCCGUCUGCGUCGCCGUCGGCGCGUGGUGGUGGCAUGAGGCCCCCUGGAGCGACAGCGCGCGCGACACGUUCGUGUCCGAUACCGACCGGUCUUUCGACGCCGUGACGGUGCGGCGCCAGAUGCAACAGCGCGAGCGGGAUGCUGCCGGUGCGGGCGUCACGGAGCCACUGCUGACCUCGGCCGGGCCCGGAAUCAACCCCGCCUGA